CUUCCUUUCAAGAUGUCUACUGUCCACGAAAUCUUAAGCAAGCUCACCCUGGAGGGGGACCCCAGCGCCUAUGCCACUAUCAAGGCGUCCCCAAACUUCGAUGCCGAGAGAGAUGCCGUGGCCAUCGAAACAGCUCUCAAGACCAAAGACUUUAUGGAACUGGCCGCAGCUCUGAAAUCUGGUCUGUCUGGAAAUCUGGAGACGCUGAUGUUAGCCCUCGUGAAGACGGCCCCCCAGUACGACGCCAGUGAACUGAAAGCGGCCAUGAAGGGCCUGGGGACGGACGAAGACACGCUGAUCGAGAUCAUUUGCUCGCGGACCAACCAGGAGCUCGGUCAAAUUAACAGAAUGUACAAAGAGAUGUACAAGACUGAGCUGGAAAAGGACAUCAUAUCGGACACAUCUGGCGAUUUCCGCAAACUGAUGGUCACCCUAGCCAAGGGAAGGAGGAACGAGGACUGUUCAGUGGUCGACUACGAGCUGAUUGACCAAGAUGCCAGGGACCUGUAUGACGCUGGCGUGAAGAGGAAGGGAACCGACGUUCCCAAGUGGAUCAACAUCAUGACCGAAAGGAGUCCCCAGCACCUGCAGAAAGUGUUCGAUCGGUACAAGAGCUACAGUCCGUACGAUAUGCAGGAGAGCAUCAAGAAGGAGGUCAAGGGAGAUCUGGAAAUCGCAUUCCUCAACCUUGUUCAGUGCCUUCAGAACAAGCAGUUGUACUUUGCUGACCGGCUCUACGAAUCCAUGAAGGGCAAAGGGACCAGGGACAAGAUCCUGAUCCGGAUCAUGGUUUCCCGCAGCGAGGUCGACAUGCUGAAGAUCAAGAGCGAAUUCAAGAGGAAAUACGGGAAGUCCCUCUACCACUUCAUCCAGCAAGACACAAAGGGAGAUUAUCAGAGGGCGCUCCUGAACCUGUGCGGAGGGGAGGAGUGAAAACCGUGACGGCGAAGACCCGUCCUUGCCUGGAUACGUGUCGUCUGCUUUCCUUCUCCUGCCGAACUUAGACCCGCCGACGCACUAACUCUUCUCGUUCUCUGCAUCUGCAAGACUCGAUACCCUCGGUUGCUUUCAUGUAGUCCCCUAACUUGGCUCUGCGUGGCUUUUGCUCAAGUAGCUAACCUUAAGCUGGAGUGGUGAGGCUGGGGAAGUUAACAUUCCAGAGAGGAAGAGAGAGAGAGACAAAACUUGUGCUGUGAAAGAUUCUGCUUCUUUGUAUUAUGUACCUGUCAAAAGUACAAAUAAAAGUGGAGUUUUUACUUUAGGAGAAAUUGU